AUGGCCACAGUCGAGCGCAGCUCCCCCAAGUCAAGAACACUUGCCUACCAAGACAAGCUGCCCAAGCUUCCAAUCCCGCCGCUCGAAGAUACGUGCAGGCGGUAUCUCCGGGCGCUUGAGGGCUUGCAGAGUCCUGAGGAACACGAGGCUACCAAGCGUGCCGUGAACGAGUUCCUUCACCAGGAAGGUCCCAAGCUUCAAGAACGCCUCAAGCGCUAUAUCGAGGAUUUCUGGUAUGAAUCGUAUUUAUCGCAUUCAGAUCCGGUCGUCCUGGCUUUGAACCCGUUUUUCGUUCUCGAGAAUGACCCUACGCCAGAUAGGGGCUCUCAACUCCCUCGCGCGGCCUCCCUGAUCAUGUCCUCCCUCGGUUUCAUCCAUGACUUGCGGGAAGGCAUACUUGAGCCUGAUACCGUCCGCGGGAUACCCCUCGAUAUGGACCAGUACAGCCGGCUGUUCGGGACGGCGCGAAUUCCGACCAAGAAUGGCUGCAAAAUGGUUACCAAUGCGCAGUCCAGCCACAUAGUCGUGAUGAGACGUGGCCAAUUCUACUGGUUCGAUGUUCUGUGCGAAGAGAACCGACCUCUCCUAACAGAGCGCGAGAUUCUUCGGAACCUUCAAGCUAUCGUCAAAGAUGCCGACAAAAUUCCGGUUCAGGAGGUUGCACGCAACGCCGUGGGCGUUUUGUCGACAGAGAACCGCAAGAUAUGGUCUGCGCAUCGGGAAGUGCUAAGCAAGCACAAGGGCAACGCCUUGUGUCUCAAGACGAUUUACAACUCAUUGUUCAUCGUGUGCUUGGAUGACGCUGCGCCGAACAACCUCGCAGAGCUAUGCGACAACUAUCUUUGUGGCACGUAUAACCUCCAGAGCGGCGUCCAGAUCGGGACUUGCACCAACCGUUGGUAUGAUAAGCUGCAAAUCAUUGUCACGGCCGACGGUUCCGCGGGCAUUAACUUCGAACAUACCGGCGUCGAUGGUCAUACAGUUCUCCGCUAUGCUGCGGACGUCUUCACCGAGGGCCUCAUGCUCCUCGCUCGCUCGAUCAACCCCUCUGCGCCGACGCUCUUCCACGCCCCGCUAUCCCGGCACGCCAAAUCUUAUAAGCCCUCACGGGACGUCAAGCUGAACGGCACCGGCGGAGUGCUGGAGCAGAUUGAUACUUCGCCGAAGAAACUCGAAUGGGAGCUCAGCCCCGAGCUGCGCGCGGGCAUCCGGUUCGCCGAGACGCGGCUCAGCGACUUGAUUUGCCAGAACGACUGUCAGGCGCUCGAGUUCAAAGGGUACGGGAAGAACUUCAUCACGAGCCAUGGGUUCUCGCCCGAUGCCUUCGUGCAAAUGGCGUUCCAGGCGGCGUAUUUCGGGCUUUAUGGCCGCAUUGAAUGCACGUACGAGCCUGCUAUGACCAAGUCUUUCUUGCACGGUCGAACGGAAGCUAUCAGGACCGUCCAGCCGGAAAGCGUUGCGUUCGUGAAGACAUUCUUCUCGGACGCUUCACGAGAAGAUAAGAUCGCCGCCCUCCGCAAAGCAUGCGAGCAGCAUGUGAAGCUGACCCGGGAAUGCUCCAAGGGUCUGGGCCAGGACAGGCACUUGUACGCUCUGUACUGUCUUUUCCGCAAAGGUAUACUCGAGGACGAGCUCGACGGCCGUCCGACGUCCCCGGCUAGCGACACCACGUCGGGCUCCAACGGCAAAGCUGCGACGCCUGCUAUCUUCACCGACCCGGGUUGGUCAACGCUCAACACCUCCAUCCUCUCGACGUCCAACUGCGGCAAUCCAGCAUUGCGUCUGUUCGGCUUCGGCCCCGUCGCAGCCGACGGAUAUGGCAUUGGUUACAUCAUCAAGGACGAAAUGAUCUCCGUGUGCGCGUCCUCGAAGCAUCUCCAAACCCGGCGAUUCUUGGAUACGCUCUCCGGAUACUUGCACGACGUGCAGCGCAUCCUGGUGCAGCUGUAUCUGUCGGUGAACGAACGCCCGGCGCCUUUCGUCGACCAUUCUGGCGUUCUUCGUGACUCCAAGACUGGGAGGAAGAUCGGCGGGCACACUUCUGAUGAGGAUGAGGAUGACGACGAGACCGUCCCUUCUGGAUAUUCGUUCUUUGACAGCGGUGAGGUGGAGGCAAUUGGCCGCAGGACGCGGUCGCCGAGGAGGCCUGCCAUUGGCAAAGUCAUCCACGUUUCCGAAUAUAACUGAUCUUCGACGACGUCACACGCACCUAAUGUGCUAGUGGCUCUCGUUUCCGUACGUUGUGCUCUUAUAUCAUAACAAUCCUUGUUGUACUAGUAGACGUGUCAUGUACCAUGAUGUAUCCUGGAAUGUGGUGGCACUACAGUUAAUGUAGCAGUUCGUGCACGCACACUGUAGCAAAUCCGAUUGAACAGCGACACUAAUCCGUGACGACCACGCUCCAGGGGUGAGAUAUGCUGCCCACUUGGAUGCCCGUGAGGUACUUCCAUAGCGGCCUGGACACGGGGCCCAUGCCGUCCUCACCAGUCGGGAUGUGGACGUCCUGACCCAGGUAGCCUAUUUUGUCCACGGGGCUGAUGACAGCAGCGGUGCCUGUGCCGAAGAGCUCGACCAAGUUACCCGACUUGCCGGCCUCGAUCACCUCCUUCAUCGCCACUGGACGCUCAGAUACAACGAGCUUGUCGGGGAGCUCAGGGAUGUCCGCCUUUCCUGAGAGGUGAUCGUGCGCGAGCGUCAGCACGGAGUCACGAGUCACACCGGGCAGGAUCAUGCCGUCAAGCGGCGGUGUGACGAGUUCAAGGGUGCCAUCCGAACGCUUGAAGACGACGAAGAGGUUCAUCGUGCCGACCUCGGUCAGAUAGUGCUCAGGCCCAUGCAGCCAGAGGUUCUGCACGUAUCCCUUGCCCGCCGCCAUCUUCUGCGGCAUCACGCCUGGCACGUAGUUUGCGCCGAGCUUGUAUGCGCCAGUGCCGCCCGGGUGCGCACGCGAGUACUCGGUGGUGCCGUAAAGCUGUACGGGCUUGAAGCCUUGCGGGUAGUAGGGGCCGACAGGUGAACAGAUGACGAAGAGGAGCGCGGAGGUGGGAGGGUGAAUGCCGAUGGCGGGCUCGGUGCCAAUGAGGGUAGGGCGGAUGUAGAGACUGUGUCCAGGUUCUCCUGGUAUCCAGUGCUUAUCUAUCCGGACGAGCUCCUUGAUGCAUUCCUGGAGGGCUUCGCCGUUGAAAGUAGGUAACGAGAUGCGCUCGGCACUGGAAUUCAUGCGCUUCAUGUUCAUGUCCGGACGGAACAGAGACACCACGCCGUUCGCGUCCCGGUAGGCCUUAAGACCCUCGAAGAGACAUUGCGCGUAGUGGAACACGCCGCAACUGGGAUGGAGGUUGAGCGGGCCGUAAGGCGUGAUUUUUGGCGCGUCCCAGCCGUUAGAUGCCGUCCAUUGGAUGGUCAGCAUAUGGUCCGUGAAUGUAUGUCCGAAUACCAGGUCCUUCGAAGAAGGCGUCGGCUUCGGAUGCUUCGUCCUCUCCACCUCAAGCCGGCCAAGCUGAAUGUCUGGCGGCGCGGUCACCUCUCCCGUCAUGGGGUCGCGCACGACGCCCGAGUUGAAUCGUACAUGCGCAUUCCUGAAGGCCUGGAGACGCGGGAAGGCAGACCGAGCACGAAGCGCGAGAGACAUGGUCGCGAGCAAGCAAGCUGAUAAGUACGGUAGCGGCUGGUGCGAAAGCUCGGUGUUUCUCGCCGCUUAUGAGAUGGUGAACGUAUUAUCCGCCGCCACCGCCGUCGAG